AUGUCAAGGACUCAUCCGCCUACGUUCUUGCUUGCCGGCAUGCUUCUCUUUAUCCUGCUGAUAUUGAGUCCUGCCCUCGCAGGGAAGCUGCUGACCGGGACGUCGGUACCCGCUCAUGAUGCAUUUGCAGAAAUUGAUCUGGUAUCCUUCCUGCAGUCGAAGACGCAGCAGCAUGAUGCUAUCUUUACCGAAGCGGUGCAGCUACUUGAAUCUAUGAAGUCGUCGCCUUCCUGCAACAGGAUUGCAGCUUCAAGGCUCGUCGCAUCUUGUCAAUCGAUAGGGGGGACGACGGAUCAUACAGAACCAAGUACAUAUCUUGCAUUGGAGCAUGUUCGCUCCCUGUACGCGGCACGACUUGCAGUAUGUGAACUCGACGGAGCGGGAGCAUCAAUUCCCUCUCCAUGUCUUCCAGUUACUCUUGAGGCCCCGCGGAAGAAAGGAUUCUUUGGGUUUUCCAAUCAUAAAUCCACGACCACCACCGCGGACUCUAUGCCUACUGAGGUCCUAGAAUUAUGCUUACGGUCACUGGAAUCUCGACCACAGUGGUGGACAUCGUAUAGUAAUAGUAGACAAAAUGCCAUGGUAAUAUGUCAAGCAACACGGCUUGAGACCGAGAAAGAGGAGCUUCUCGAGCUUCAUCGCUCAAUAGUCGAAAGUUCCAUCAAGCUUAGCCAUGGUCUCAAGGAGGCGCUUCAGAUGGCCUCUGCUGAAUCUUCCCAGCGUCAAGCCUUCAUGGAGGCGACCGCAGCUUUGCAGGCGAAGCUGACACAAGACCUGGAAGCAACUGAAACUGGUUUCAGAGCUUUGCUGGCCAACCUAAUGGAGGGUAUCGAGUCCGCCGUUGAUUCGGUAGUUUCAACUGCCACCACAGCCCUUGCAAGGGUACAUAACGAUGCAACAAGCCUUGAGAGGGACAUUCGAAAUGCUACCAAUGAAGUCAACUACCUGCGACAAAUGCUGCAAGCUGUUUAUGAUGAAGCUCUAACCAGAGAAGCACAAAGUGUGCAUGCUCAUGAGCAGAAUGUCGAGAAACAGAAUGAGCUUGCGCUCUCACUUCAGUCCAGGCUCGAGUCCCUUGUGCAGGGUGAUGUGGCCAGACUUUCUCAGAAUGUCGAGACUUUUGACGCAUCACUAUCAUGGCUCUCAGAGAGGCUAGGACUCAUUCUACAACAAGAGCUGAGCAUGUCCGAGCGACUGCGAAAUAUUGAGACAUCUCUUGAAAACUCGCAAUCAAAAGCUGAAGCUUUACGUACAGCUCAGCUGCAACAGUUCGAUGCGCUUGAAGCGCAAUAUAGAUUACAGCAACACAUGGAAACCAACUUUCAGAUUUCACAGGCGCUUCUUGACAAGGCAACUGCAACUGCUGCGAACUUACAAGCGAUGAUUGACGAGACGACGACCAGAUAUCGAGAUUCUCCAAUCUUAGGGAAUAUUAUUGGACCAUCCUCUGCAUGGACAGUGUGUGGUCUUCUUCUCAGUUUUAUAGGCGCGCACAGUCCAAGAUUGGCUCUGGCAGCCCUUCUGAUCGGUGCGGUUCACUUUACGAUGACGAGAUUCUACCACGGCGUUCUGUUUUAG